CGAACAAGUAGCGGCGAUCGCAAUCAAUUAGGCCCCGCGGUACGUAAAGGGAAUUUCGAGAGAGGGGCACGCCUCUCGGGAAAGUGGGAGCAGCCAAUCUAAAUGCUUUCGCCGCACAUCAAAAGUAAUCUUGUUAUAUGUGCCAGCCGAAGGGAUCUAAAUAUUCAUUCUGUCAAAAACGUCUUGGCUUUGGUUCCGCGGCCGGUGGACGACUAGUGAAAGUACGCACGCACCGGGGUGGUACCCGGGGGUUUGAAUGAGAUGACAUAAGAAACGGGUUGUUUUGGUACUGUAAUUUUGCGGGUUUUGGGGGUUGGUAUUUUAUUGGCGGAACUCGUGGCUAGUGACAUGUGCUCGCGGAGGAGGUGAUGGAGGAUAACUGUACGAUGCGCCCGUGCGCCACAGACUUUAGCAUCGCGGCGAUCAUGUCCAGGCACGGCAGGGCCAGGACCAGGUGCAGGGAUCGGGAUCCGCCGGAUGCCAUCUCGCCGCUCGAGAAAUUCGUGGAGACGGCCUCGUCGGUGCCCUCGACUCCCGAGCCGGCCACUCUGGACUGCACGGUGGUGAGCGGCGGCGACAACGAGAGCGGCCGGGACUCGCCGGUGGACGUGUCCUCCACGUCCGAGUCGGGGACGGCCUCGACCACCAAUUCGGGCGGCCGCAGGUCGCCCAGCACCAGGAACCCGCUGCUGCAGGAGCGGUGGUCGUGCGAGGAGCUGAGGAACGUGACGUGCCACCUGGAGACCAAGGACCUGUGGGAUAAGUUCAACGAUUUGGGCACCGAGAUGAUUAUCACCAAAACCGGCAGGAGGAUGUUUCCUACGUUGAGGGUGUCCUUCACCAACAUCCGGCCGGAUCAGAAGUACGCGGUGCUGAUGGACAUAGUACCGGUGGACAACAAGCGGUACCGCUACGCCUACCACAGGUCCUCGUGGCUGGUGGCCGGGAAGGCAGAUCCUCCGGCGCCCUGCAGGAUCUAUGCGCAUCCCGAUUCGCCGUUCUCCGGCGAACAGCUGCGCAAACAGGUGGUCAGCUUCGAAAAGGUGAAGCUGACCAACAACGAGAUGGAUAAACAUGGACACUUGGUGCUCAAUUCGAUGCACAAGUACCAGCCCAGGAUACACCUGGUGAAGAGGAACGAGGGAUCCUCGGGGAACAUUGUAGAUUUAGAAAAUGAAGAGUACAAAACGUUCAUAUUUCCUGAGACCAUCUUCACCGCCGUUACUGCCUACCAAAAUCAGCUGAUAACGAAAUUGAAGAUUGACAGCAACCCAUUUGCCAAAGGUUUCAGGGAUUCCUCGCGUCUGACAGAAUUUGAAAGUUUCUCUUACAGGGAGACGAUGGAAUCGAUGCUGGCCGAGCAGCACUACUUCCGCUCACCGUUGAGACCGUUCGGCGAACUGGACACGCACAACAACAACCUCUCGCUGGAGGAGAAGGCCAUCCUGGCCGCCAGAUCUCAACUGUUCCUGCGGGCGGCGGCCGCCGCAGCCGGCCCCUACGCUCCGCUGAUGGGGGUGUACGGCGCGGGCGCCUCGCAGAGCACCCCGGUACCGCCGGGCGUGCUGUGGAACCAGUGGGCCUGUCUGGGUCCGUCGCUGAUCGCCGCCCAGCACCAGCACCAGCUGGCCGUGGCGGCCGCCGGCAGCAGCCAGUUGAACUCGCCGAUUUCGCCGCUGGCCAGGCCGCUGGCGCAGCACAGGUACUCGCCGUACGCGCCGCCGCCCAGGUCCUCGCCCGACACGAGCCUGAGGGACGACAGGGACUCGCCCAGCAGCCCGACCUAGGGCGUACACUUGUGAUAUGUAGCGGAAUUGUAGGCAAAGGUUGGCUGGGUCGGUGAAUGGGGGUGCGGAUGUUCCUAGAUGGAAAAACGUUUCCGAACGCAAUACUGAUUUUAGUUCCUAUUAGUUUUUAGACGUUGUUCUCGAAAAUCAUCACUAACACUAUUUCGACACCGACUAAAAUGGUACUAAAUCCAAAAUGAAUGCACCUUAUUUAACCGAUUCACUUACACAGCCAUCGUGUACAUAUUAACUCAACUGUAUGAUAAGCUAGGUAUAAAAUUUAAAUAUUGUUAAGUCACUGAAAAUUGUCUGUUAAAUUGACGUGUGAAAUGGAUGAGUUCCAAAAAUAUCUCUCUGUUAACCGACACCAAUUAACAGAUGCCAAUUCAUCUGACAAUUUCCAACGACCUGGAGGUUCCGCUAACUUAAAAACCAGUUCCGAAACGUUGUACAAUACUUGUGUAAAUAUCUAUUUAUAAUUUAUUACAGCCUGUAGAAAUAAGAACUGUUCCAUUACGUCGAUCAUCAACCGGGGGCAUUAAGUGUACCGCAUCAUUUAUUUUAACUUCACUUCCUUCAUAAGACAAGAACCGUUGAAAGACGUAAUGGCUUCGUUUGUAUAAAUGAUUCGCUGGUAAUUGUCACAUAUGGUAACAGCUUUUUUGACUGAAAGAAAAAGAUCAUUAACGUGCAUCAAUCAUGAUCAAAAUUGCAAUUAUUUCGAGGCUUGUGUAUCGAUUGAUUUUUAGGUUUUUUUUUUGUUGUUGUUGUUGAGGGUGCAAAUACCAGCGCAUGUGGUUCUAAAUUAUUUGUAAAAUCCAGAUGCAAAACUAGACCGUCGAGAGGACGGUGUUUUGUACUUCUUCUAGUUUUUGUACGUCUGGUACUCCGUGCAUUAAAGUGCUGCUUUCUGAGUAUAAAAUAAUGAACUUGUUGUGUAAAACACAUAAUACAUAUUUAAUUUAAUUUUAUUGUAAAUUUUCAA